AUAUCUUCACAUUUGGCAUCACUGUUUGGCCGAUUUAUGAAACGUCAUAGCGCAGCACGUGUGUUUGUCUACCAACAACUGUUAAACACCGAAACAUUGCGUCUUGUUUAUUUCAGCCUUUUUUUAAGGUAUUUCAAUGAACAAACAUACCGGCUUCAGUGACUUGUGUGUACCUUACACGGAAUCGUCGAAAGAUUUGCUAGGUACAUUAACGGAGUUAAUCGAAUUAGGAUAUAAAAAUGUAGCAAUUGAACAAGUGUACGAUCAUAUUAAUUAUAGUGGUGACAAGAAAAAUGAUCCUAUCCCGGCUGCUGUCGAUUUAAGUGUUCUCAAUAAACAAUUCAAGGGACGUCUCCGUUUGCUCAACCGUUUAACAAUUAUCUAUGCAGAUGCCAGUGUAACGCUCAGUACGAAUCGAUCGGCAAAUCUACGCAAAUUCAAUGUUGUAGCGGUCAUUCCUACGACGGAGGAUGCCUUCCAACAUGCUUGCCAAACGAUGCAUUGCGACAUCAUAUCGUACAACUCGGACACAGUUCGUAAUAAAAUGAGCAGGAAGUACUACUUUCUGGCGGUUAGUAGGAAUAUCAUGUUCGAGCUUAAGUAUGCCCCGGCGAUUGUCAGCUCCAUCGACAGGAAAGAUACCAUAAAUCGAGCUCAUCGAUACCACUCGUAUGGUAAGUCUAACAACGUGGUAAUCACGAGUGAGGCAAGGAAUCGGUUUCAAGUCCGGGGACCAUAUGAUAUAGCGAAUUUAGGGUUGAUAUUCGGUCUUAGCGAGGAACAGUCAAAGAGUGCAAUCCUCGCAUUGCCGAGGAAAAUUCUAAUUGCAGCUGAAGCUCGAAGACACGGUAAAGCUGGUCUCGUGUUGAGUUAUAGACAGAAUGCUGUUGACAGUGAUGACUAUUCGGAUUCCGAACUGGAUGAAGAGAUUAGCACUAGUGAAGAGGGGGACGAAGAAGAAGAGGAACGGGAAUAUGUAGAUACGUUGAUAGAUGAAAUAGAAGAACCUCCCAAGAAGGUUGCAAAAUUAUCUAGUAAGUAAAUCGGAUAUGAGUGGUCACAUUCGGGAUAUAGUGGCCCUCAGUAGAGGACAGAUGUUGUUCGAAUGAGGCUCCAUGGAUCAUAUUCCGUGUAGGCCGAUUGCAAUGUCAUCCUGCAUCGAAACCAGAAAAAAAAAAUCAACUACGACAUUUAUUUUUCAAGAAUGUGAAUGUACCAAAGAUUAUUCCGCUCUCAUCCGAAAUCCAACAGCACUUGUUUACAGAGAAAGGUUGGGUUGUUCAGAAUUGCUUCCAUGUCAUUGAUUUUACCUUACUGGACCUUAUUAUUAAAUCGUUACUCGCUGAGCAUAUAACUCUGGUGUGAAAGGAUGGUUCAUAUUGAAAAGGUCGGUAGAACGAUUAAAUUACAAUUUUUGGCAGACCCCUCCCCCUUCGUGAACAUGAGUGGACAUUUUCUAUAACCUUCCUCAAGUUGCCAUUUGUGAACAUUCUUCCAUUUUUUUUUUAAAUCAAGAAAAUAUUUGAAUUGGGUUCAAAUUCCAUUUUGAGUUUGUAUUACUUAAUAUUUUAUUUUUA